UUUUGGCAGUUGAUAGUUUGACUUCCAACAAAGAGAGCUCCGAAUAUUCGUCGCCACCCAUAUUCACAGAAUUCUUUCGUCAGAAACUUCUGAUUAUCAUCUCAUCAUCGUCGUCUCUUUUGCUGCACGUUUCCUCAAUCUCAUUGAAAACGUCAUUGCUCCAUCUGAGCUGACGCACAGUUUGUUUCCUUUUCCCUCUCUAGUUCUAGGGUUCUUGCACCACUCAGUGUUGUUCGAUACCCGCUGGAAAUGGAUUGGGGCAAUGUGACUGCCGAAGAUCUGAUCGAAGCUCUCCGCGAAGUGGACUGGUCGGCGCCUCCUCGCCCUCUCUCCGAAUUCUUCUCCCGAUUCACCGUCCCCCGAUCACACUCCAGAUGGAACAGUCGCCUCAAGUGCAAUCUCUAUUACUAUCGGACAAAUUAUUUCAUCAUGAUUGUUCUCAUUCUGGGUUUAGGAUUUCUGAGGAGGCCACUUGCUAUUGUUGCUGCUACAUUGACAGUUCUUACUAUUGCUUUCUUAAAUGACAGCUUUGCUGGUACUUUUAAUGAGAAGGUAACAAGAAUGGUGAGGCAGUUCUCUCCCCAUUUAGCAGCAAAGAUGAGGCCUCCUCUUACACCUGUUCUUCGUGGACGUCCAUCAGCUAAAAGAGCCAUUUAUAUAUGUGGGCGUCCUCGUUGGGUGUUUGUCGUGAUAUUUUCUGUUGCAAGUUUCUUCCUUUGGUUUGUUUCUUGUGGCCUCUUAACUGUCCUGUGGGCAUUUUCCAUUAGCCUUCUUGCCACCAUUCUUCAUGCAAGCUUCAGAACACCUAAUCUGAAAGCACGUUUGAACACCUUCCGUGAGGAAUUUCGUGCAGUUUGGCGCAACUGUAGUGAGCUGUAGCUUCCUUUGUAGAAAGACUUAGAUAUGAGACUCCAUCUUCUGAGAAAUGUGAAUGAUAAAGCUCUAGUGAGCCAAGUGCAUGAUACUUUGGAAAUGUUCUCAAAAAAUGAAGAAAAAGCAUACUAAACAAGGACAUAGGAACUCCUUUGCUAGCAUGCAUAAUCCAUCCUCCCCGUUCAUCUGCCAUGGGAAAAAGUUUUAAGUGAGGAGAUUGAAGAGAUAAGAGAAAAUGGAAGUUGCAAGCUCUCUGAGAAAUAUGUACCUUUAUAUGGUGAUAAUAAUGUUUUCCUAUCUUCCAUGUGCUGUUUUUUAGUAUUUUUUUUAUUUGUCAUAUUGACAAUUCUUGUUUUGUUAGUACAGGCAUUUUGUGUUUCCAUUUAUUAGGUUAGCAGGGAUUGGUUCAGUUCUGAAUGUUUUGGUUCUCAACUCUUUCUAUAACAAAAUGUUUUUAUGCUGCUA